AGAGAGGAGAAAAUGGAAAGGGAAGAAAAUCCUCUGCUGGGCAUGGAUUCUUGUCUUUUGAUGCAAAUCCAUUGAUGUGAUUUUUGUCAACGAAACAAAACUAGUAGAAUUCUUUAUACUUUAACAUUUUUUUUUCCAUUUCUGGAAAACAAUAAAAAUUUAGAAAUGGAGGGCGAUUUUCGCGGCGAGCCAACACUGUUUGGUUUCGCCGUUGACGACCCUGCCCCGAGCAUUUCUUCUUCUGCUCGACUAUAUGACGAUGCAAUGAUCGUCUUCCACUUUUGCAAUUGGUGUUACUCAUGAGUCCGUUUCGCCACCUCUCCGAGGACCGUCACGAAACCGGUCCAACUGGCUCUUGCUCCGCUUCACUCUCAUCGGAGCCACACCGUGGUCCGGCCUCAGGAACGUCGUCAUUCCGAUCACACUCAACCAUUGGUCAUUCUUAUGGCUCCGCGCAACGCGUCUCCUCCGCUCUGGUCCAACGUUCCGUGUCUGCGAUAACCUCCCGCCAACACAGCCACCGGGGGGUCAUGAUCAAUGGCAUUGUCGGGAACGGAAUCUCCGGCAUCCUGUACAAGUGGGUCAAUUACGGUCGCGGGUGGCGCGCGCGGUGGUUCGUACUCCAGGAUGGCGUUCUUUCGUAUUUCAAAAUUCACGGUCCCAAUAAGCUCGUGCUCAAUAGCGAAGUCGAAAGGGGAUCAAUGGUCAUCGGGGAAGAGUCUCUGCGUCGAAUUGCUAGUCACCGCAAUAAUCCCUCUCGCCAACGCAAACCCGUCUGCGAAAUCCAUCUCAUGGUGUGUUCAAUAAGAGAGAGCAAAUCCGAUGAGAGGAGGUUUUCUGUGAAAACGGGGACGAAGAAGAGGCUACAUCUGAGGGCGGAGAGCAGGGAGGACAGGGACGCAUGGGUGGAGGCAUUGAAGGCCGUGAAGGGUUUGUAUCCACGCUCGCCGAAGAAUGUAGAGAUAAUGGCUCCGCACGAGACGAUGUUAAUGUCCACCCAGAAGUUAAGGCAACGCCUCCUGGAGGAGGGUGUGAGUGAGAUUGCCAUUCAGGAGAGUGAAAAUAUUAUGAGAAGCGAGCUCGCACAGAUGCAAAAGCACAUUAUGGCCCUCAAGCAAAAGCAGAAGCUCCUUUUGGACUCGUUGCGCCAUUUAGAGACAGAAAAGGUUGACUUGGAAAACACACUCAUUAACGAAACCCAAAGGCAGUCAAAGGUCGAUGUUGGAGAUUCUCUCACAUUAAAGCGUGAAAAGUUUAGCGAUGGAAGCCCGAGUGGUUCUUCUGACGAUCAAGACCGGCACGAUCAGUCUGACGAUGACAAUGAUGCAUUCUUUGAUACAAGUGAUAUUCUUUCGUUAACUUCUUCCAGAGAAAAAGAUUCUGAUUCUGAUUGUGAGGAGACUUCUACUGACGAACGUGAUGCAAAUUCGCUCACUGGAUUUGCGAGAUCCAAUUAUCCCCAGGUGAUGCGACGAAAGAAAUUGCCCGAUCCCGUUGAGAAAGAGAAGGCAGCCAGCCUCUGGUCAAUAAUUAAAGAUAAUAUUGGGAAGGAUCUCACUAGCGUUUGCCUCCCAGUCUACUUCAAUGAGCCUCUGUCCUCAUUACAGAAAUGCUGUGAAGACCUCGAGUAUUCUUACCUUCUAGACCGAGCAUUUGAAUGGGGUCAAAAGGGUAACAGUCUUAUGAGGGUGCUAGAUGUGGCUGCAUUUGCAGUUUCAGGGUAUUCUAGCACUCUUGGGAGGAGUUGCAAACCAUUUAAUCCACUGUUGGGUGAGACGUAUGAGGCAGAUUUCCCAGAUAAAGGCUUUCGCUUUAUCUCUGAGAAGGUCAGUCACCAUCCCAUGGUUGUCGCAUGCCAUUGUGAGGGAACUGGCUGGAAAUUUUGGGGUGACGGCAAUCUAAAAAGUAAAUUCCGGGGUCGUUCAAUUCAGCUUGAUCCUGUCGGUUUACUGACCAUCGAGUUUGAUGACGGGGAAGUCUUUCGGUGGAGCAAGGUAACAACAUCCAUUUACAAUCUGAUUUUAGGAAAACUGUACUGUGAUCAUUAUGGGACAAUGCGCAUAGAAGGGAAUCGUGAGUAUUCUUGCAAGCUUAAAUUUAAGGAGCAGUCAAUAAUGGAUCGAAACCCUCACCAGGUGCAAGGCGUGGUGGAAGAUAAGAAUGGUAAAACAAUAGCAACUAUAUACGGGAAAUGGGACGAGAGCAUGCACUGUAUAAUUAAUGACAAUUCUAAAAGGAAAAAAUCCAGUGGGUCGUCUAAAUCAUGUCUGCUGUGGAAGCGGAAUGAACCACCCCUGCACACUACAAGAUACAAUCUUACCGAAUUUGCUAUUGCACUAAACGAAAUCACACCCGGACUCAAGGGGAAGUUGCCGCCCACAGAUUCGAGGCUGAGACCCGAUCAAAGGUUUUUGGAGAAUGGAGAGUAUGAAAUGGCCAAUACUGAGAAGUUGCGGCUGGAGACGAGACAGCGACAGGCAAGAAGGAUGCAAGAAAAGGGUUGGAAACCAAGGUGGUUUGUAAAGGACAAAGACGGCAUCUACCGUUAUGCUGGCGGGUACUGGGAGGCCAGGGACAAGGGCAUCUGGGAAUCUUGCCCUGACGUAUUUGGCCAAAUUCCAAAUGAUACUGAUCUUGAUCCAACUUCACCUUCCUAAUUUCUCAGCUCUUUCGCCCUUGUAUGUAAUUUAGAGGCCACGCUAAACUAACAGCAACAUGGUACAGAUAAGAAUUUUUGAUGAAGCAUCUUCUCAAUCAAGUCUCAAUUUUUUUGGCAGUUCACAGCUCCAUUUAGCGUUGGGCAGUUCAGAUGAUAUGGCACAGUCUAGUUUUAUUUGUUUGGUUUUUUGUUGCAUUAUUAUAUUUAUAAAAAUUCAUUAAAUACUUGUAUUAUAUCUAUAUCCAUUCUGAAGAUGCCUUGUCCCUUUCCUCGCUCCGGUGCGGUCGUUCGGUGACUCCCUCCUGCAGGAAACAGAUCAAAAGUUUUCAAUUUUAAUUUCCAUACCUGUCUCCUUACUUUUUGGACGCCAUUACUAUGGCACUGUAAAUUUAUUACUUUUUUUCUGCCGGCACGUAAAUUUGUCCGCAUUUUCAUAUUCCAUAAUGAAUUUAAAUUUGAAGGGGGUGAUACCUA